GCCUGGCGAAAUUACUCAGCGUGGUCUCAUGCAUCUUAGCCUGAGAGGAAUUCUAGAGAAGCGCGGGGAGCAAAACAGCUACGAUGGAGGCUGCUUUAAGGCCUCUGUACCCGUCUACUGCGGGCGCAUACCCCACGGGAGCUGCACGUAGUUUCUUGAUUGUUUUCCUCUAGGUUUGCUGCAAGGUUGCCCUGAUGCCGUGGCAUAUGCGCCCACUCGCUUACGGUGGCCCGGCGGAAGGCCCUUCCGAGUCCACCGAGGACUCCGAGCAUCCUUACAGGCCCAGGCGAAUACCCCAGGCGGGCGUCGAGAGCCGUCAGCGAGAACGCCGACGUAAGAUGACGCAGCGUUCCCUUCGCUUGAGGCCGGCCUUCAUUCCACCUGGACAUGUGGCCACGUUGACACGCGGUGGGACGUGCUGGGCUGAUUCUCUCAGUGCUGGUCGAACGUCGUGCGUCGCACGAAGAUAUUUCCUAAUUCUUGGCGUCGGUUUGUACUUGAACACUGAUGAAGUAUGCGGUCGGAAUCUAAUAUGCUAAUAUCAUCACAACCACCCUGCUUCUCCCAUCCUCAAGAAGGAACUACAGCGACCCGCCCUGUGUCUCGCAUUGUAUGCCCCCCCCCCUGUUUGGGAACGCGAACGACCUGCGACUGCACCCAUUUGGGAACGCGAACGACCUGCGACUGCACCCAUGAGGACAGUCGGAUAUGCAAUUUUUACGUCUUUUUGCGACCGCCUCGGGGAGGGUGAAUCCGCGACGUAUCAAUGACCACAAUCCGCGUCGAUAGACCUCCGCCAUUCUUCGCUCUUCUGGACUAACUCAAAUCCUCCCUCGAGCAUGAUGUGCAUCCCAUCUCUCGCGAUGAAGUACGCCGUUCUCAUACUUGGUGCAUGACUUUCGAACGGUAGUCAAACGGCAAUGGCUAUGGUAACUCGCGGGUUCCACCCCACGGGAGCCAGAUAUCGGAGGCGGAGAAGUACUGGAUCGUGCCGGACCCGACGUUCGUGCGUCUACCAUGGCUCGAAUUCUCAUCCGUCCCGGAGAAGGCAGUGGCCAACUGUCAAACCGUUCCUAAUCACAUUUCAUAGACGUCUUGGGUCUUGGUGGUGUUGCGGUGCUGGCAGUGCAGAUGUUCGAAUCAAUGCCAGGGAGGAGCUGAGCGGUUAGUGUGCCACUUGAAGUAACUCCUUUUCUCCAUAUACGUACGCUACAUCCAACUUUGCCCCUUCAUACAAAAUUCUUCUGUCAUAACAUGUUCGCUAUUGAUAGAUCUUCC